AUGGCUGAACCCACAUUAUUACUGCACCGCGAUAAGGAGGAAAUCCCUCCUAAGGCUGCGACGGAAAUUGAUGCCAACCCUAUUGAUAACAAGAUACAUGAUACCCACGAACACCAUGAUUUGGGAUCCACCACCGACAACAAGAGCCAUCUUCACUCUUAUCGUCAUGUUUUUCAUAACACUCAUACCUAUCACCCUGCGAGCGGGUCAUCCGAUCAACUAAUGUCCAUGCAGUUUAUGCAUAAACCAAAACGUUCCAAUACUUUGCUUGAAAAGUCUGUCGAUCCUACUAGAGCUAAUAGCAUUUGGAACUCGAAAUCCCACGAACCUGGCGAUCGUGAAGAAAGCAGCGAUGCGACAUCGCAAUCUCCUGAACCUGCAAAUUCUCCAAUUCAUACCGACACACUUGACGAAAUUGUGGACGAAGAAGUGCCCACCCCGCAAACAAUAGGGUAUAAGCUAGUGCGUAAGAAGUCUGGUGAACUAGUUAAACCUUCCUUGAAAGAACCAGGGUACUUUGACUCAAAUGUCAAGAGAUCAAAAUCCUUGCCCACAACCCCAACCUACAAACUGGUGCAUUUUGGCGGUGAUAACCACGUCCGCUAUUUCAAAAAACGCGAUGUCCCGUCUGCAAUAUCCGCUUCUAACUCUCCAGCGCUAGACGGCAUCGACGCUCUGCUUCAGGAGGUGCAAUUGGAUGACGAUGAUGACGACAAUGAAGAUGAAGAAUUUCGAUUGGGGCCGGCUCCUCAAUUCAACCUCAACCCUGCUGCCAUAACCAAGUACCCUAACCCUCACCACCAGCCUCUAAUUGAAUGGGAGCUUAAGCUCUUGAAUUUCGGCAACAUAUCAUACGAUACAAAGAUACACCAACAAGCAUCUCCCGUAUUUCUAGAAAGGGUUUUCAUAAGCGUUGACAGAAAAUACUUGCUUGGUCAUAUUGCUGUCAAAAACAUCAGCUUCGAAAAGCAUGUCACUAUCAGAUAUACUCUCGAUGAUUGGUGCACCAUUAUUGAAAUUCCCACAACCUACUCCCCAGACCGCCCCAACGUGCUUAAACAAAAUGACUACGACAGAUUUACUUUUAAAGUAUCUCUCGAGAACCUAUUCAACAGCUUUAGGAUUCGGGAUAACAAUGAUUCCUCGCUGAAAGAGCAAGAGAACAAGUAUUCGCUAUGCGUGAGAUAUACUACUGAUGAUAAAGAGUUUUGGGAUAACAACAACACUAUGAAAUUAUGA